GACAGGACAGGAAGUCUGGUUGGUGGUGUAGCAGCAAUCACACCCUCUGUGUGAUCGCUGCUGUCCUGUUUCUCACUCUGUCAAUGUCAAGAAGAGUUUACACACAAAAAUAAUGUAGUAAAUGCUCAAACCAGAAGACCACAACUCGACUGAUGUCUGCUCGAAAUGGCGGAAGCGAACCAACCAAUCGUUAGUGUUGUUCCUGAUGAUGAAGGGAAAGAAAAGUUCAAGAAGAGUGACCAUGUUGCUUUUUACAGGCGACAGAUGGAGGGCCCCAACUUGCAGCACCGAGCCCUGUUGGACACCAUGGUGCUCACAGAGAAGGGGGCACGUUUUAAACUGUUGGAACCUGACACACAGACCACACUGCUUCUUUCUGUGUCACCUUGCAAAAAUGACACUGUGAGGAUAUUAAUAGACGAACUGCAGCCCAUUAAAGCACGCUACCGAGUUCCAGAUGUGAUAACGGAGGAACCGCAGGUUGAACAGUUGAGAGUGGAGAGACAGUCUAAGGACUCGGUCACCCUCUCUUGGUCUUCGGGACGUCACCAGGUUUGUGUGUGGCAUUUCCCUUUCCGACUGGAGAUCCUGUGCGAGGACAAAGCGAUUGUUACGUUCAACUCCAAAGGCAAACUGUGGCUGGAGGCGCUGCGGGAUCCGCCCGGGGCCACAUCUCGUGGUAGUGAGCUUCAAGAGGACCACACAAGUUUAUUAUGGAAAGAGACUUUCAGGCAGUUUGUGGAUAUCAAAGCUAAUGGUCCCAGUAGCAUUGGGGCUGACCUCUGUCUCCACGGCUUCAGUCAUGUGUACGGUCUCCCAGAGCACGCUGACGGCCUUCAGCUCAGAGACACCAGAGAUGGUGAACCUUACCGGCUGUAUAACUUGGAUGUCUUUGCGUAUGACUUGUACAGCCGCCUCGGCCUGUAUGGGUCGGUGCCGCUGUUGGUGGCCCACAAGCCCGACAGGACUUUGGGUGUAUUUUGGCUAAACGCAUCCGAAACGUUUGUGAACGUUCAUUACAGCCCAUCUGGCCAUCAGGAUGGCCAAACACCCCCAGUGAAGAGGAGGCGGGUGGAGCCUCAGACUGACGUCCACUGGCUGUCAGAGAGUGGUGUGAUUGACUGCGUGGUUCUGCUCGGACCCAGUCCACAGCAGCUGUUCACCCAGUAUGCUCAGCUGACGGGGUAUCAAGCCCUACCCCCUUUGUUUGCACUCGGGUACCACCAGUGCCGCUGGAACUACGACGACGAAGCUGACGUGAAGGCUGUAGAUGCUGGAUUUGAUCGCCACGGCAUCCCGUACGACGUCAUCUGGCUGGAUAUCGAGCACACGGACGGGAAGCGUUAUUUUACCUGGGACUCUGCUCUUUUCCCCGAACCAGCCGGCCUGCAGCGCCACCUAGAGAAGAAGAAGAGGAAGUUGGUCGUUAUAAGUGAUCCCCACAUCAAGGUUGACCCUGAUUGGUUGUUGUACUGUGAGGCCAGAGACGGACGGCAUUUUGUCAAGAACAGACAGGGGCAGAUCUAUAAGGGCUCGUGCUGGCCUGGGAAGUCCUCCUACCUUGACUUCAGCAGUUCAGACACUCGGGCAUGGUACUCCAGAUGUUUCGGCCUGGAUAAGUACAAGGGAUCAACGCCAUCGUUAUUUGUGUGGAAUGAUAUGAAUGAACCGUCUGUGUUCGACGGGCCAGAGCAGACAAUGCCGAAGGACGCAGUGCAUUAUGGGGGCUGGGAACACCGAGAAUUACACAACCUGUACGGCUUCUACCAGCACAUGGCAACAGUGGAGGGCCUGAUCACUCGCUCAGGGGGCUUGGAGAGACCUUUUGUCCUUUCACGCUCGUUCUUUGCCGGGUCACAGAGACUUGGAGCGAUAUGGACAGGGGACAACGUUGCCAGUUGGGAGUACCUGAGAAUCUCCAUCCCAAUGCUGUUGUCUCUAAGUGUGGCAGGGAUCGCAUUCUGCGGAGCGGAUGUCGGUGGGUUCGUUCAGGAUCCGGAGCCGGAGUUGCUGGUGCGCUGGUACCAGGCGGGCGCCCUGCAGCCGUUUUUCAGAGGUCACUCUGCCAAGGAGACAAAGCGCCGGGAGCCCUGGCUGUUUGGAGAGGAAGUCACCGCUGCAAUCCGCACUGUGAUCCAACAGAGGUACUGUUUGCUGCCAUACUGGUACACUGUGUUCCACCAGGCUCACACCUCUGGUCUGCCUCCACUCAGACCUCUGUGGGUGGAGUUCCCGAGAGAACACAGCACCUUGACUGUGGACAACCAGUAUAUGAUUGGAGGAGCACUGCUGGCCUGUCCUGUAACUGAGGCGGGUGUUCAAGAAGUCAAAGUCUUAAUUCCUGGAUCCGGUGAGGUUUGGUAUGACGUCCACUCUGCGAAGGCGUAUAACGGAGGCAGGACUCUGAGUCUUCCAGUCACCUUGGACACUGUUCCUGUGUUCCAGCGUGGCGGCUCGGUGGUCUGCAGGUCAGCAGGAAGUGGCUCCUGUACAGCUGAACUCCAGCAGCUCCCCCUCUCCAUCACUGUGGCCCUCAACUCUCAGGAAGUGGCUGAUGGGGAGUUGUACCUGGACGACGGCCACUCCUUUAGCUACCGUGACAACAAGGCCUUCUGCCUGCGCAGGUUCACCAUGCUGUCAGGCCGUCUGCUCUGCCGUCCUGCCAGUGGAGGAGCGUUUGACUGCGUUACUGUCGUACAGUCAGUCACCGUCCUGGGAGUGAAGAGCAAACCGUCCACAGUGGUUGUGCAUGUGUCAGGUGCUAAAGACACCUGUGCUGCCUUUGAAUACAUGGAGACCUGCUGCAUGCUGACAGUGAACAAGCUGAAGCUCAGAGUGGCGAUGGACUGGGAGAUACAGAUAGGUUAACGGUCAAUGUGUCAGUCACUCAUUUUAAAAGCUUAGCAAAGUACACUUGAUUGAAUAGAUUUGAAAUGAAGACUUGUUUAUGCAAACUGGCACAUGUGUAGCUACAAACAAGCAAGUCAAAAAAUAAGUGCAAAAGGGACUACACACACUGCUCCACGAUUAUAUUUUAAUCAUUUUACUUGUAUUGAACUUCAGAUUUUUUGUUGUUGUUGAAAACCUCAGACUUACAGGUUGGCAAAUCCCUCCACCGACUUCUGCUUCAUCGAGUACUGUACUUCGUUUAAGUCUGCGUCUAUAGUAGGGCUGCACAAUAUAACGCUUUUUUUACCGUCUUUGCAGUAUCAACUGGCGCGAUAUACACAUCCCGAAACACUGCAACAUAUCGCAAACUUAACGGUUAGUUGAAAGAAAAUAAUCAGCAGAAAACUGCACUUUAAAAUGUAAAGUUAUUCGUUUUUAGUAGUGCCUUUAAUGUCAUUUAAUGUUUAAUUUUCGUCAUAUUGUGUAGCCCUAGUCUAUGGUCACAAACAUCAAAAGAACAAAAGACAUUUUAACCUAGGAACGAUGAGUUUAUUUUAAAUUAUCAAAGAUCUCAAGUUUGAUCGCUAAUAAUAAUAAAUGAGAAAUGACGUGUGGUUUAAAAGUUGUGGAGUGAAAGUUUACUGAAUAAAGGGUGCACUCAUGUGCAGUUUCUUGUUG